AUGGAAGUGGAACAAACAAUAUUACCGAAUGAAUAUGAAUGGUACUGCGAGCAAAUUGCUGGUCAUCAUCCAUCUGUUAUCAAGAAUGGACGACGUGAACUUGGUUUCAUAAAGCAAUGUGGAAGUGAUGUUUUGCUGAAACCUCUACAGGAAGGGAUUCGAGGUCAAACUGAGGUUAUUUCCUUUACUUUACCUUUAUGCAAUUUUUCAGUGAUUUUAUAUUUCUUUAUUUCAGAGGUUAAAUGUAUCGUUAUGGAGGAUCUUGCCCACACAUAUAUAUCACCAUGCAUAAUGGAUAUAAAAAUGGGUAAAGUGACAUACGAUCCGAAUGCAACAGAAGCCAAAAAACAUUCUGAAGCAAUAAAAUAUCCGGAACAGGAGAAGCUUGGAUUUCGUCUCUUAGGCUAUCGGCCAAAAAUUCGUGACAAAUUAUGGGGUCGUUCAAGAACCUUAUGCUUAUCGCGGAUCGCAGUAAACCUACGCCUUUUGCCGAUCCGUCGUGCUCCUUCAAAUUUUUUUGUUUUUUUUUGCAUUUUAUAUUUUAAAAAAUUUCAGAUUUAUCAUUUAUAUGCGUCGUCGGUACUUUUAAUUUAUGAAGCGUCACCGAAAUAUUCCCGUAGAUUUCGCGUUAAAUUAAUUGAUUUUUCUCAUGUAUUUCCAGCAAACAAUUCAAUAGAUAAUAAUUAUUUGUUUGGUUUAAAUAAUGUUAUUUUCUUCACUGAACAAUCCAGAAAUUAUUUCCUUCAUGCGAAUUCUAAUUAA